CGUGGUCCCCCCUCACGUUUUGUCGUCUCUGAAAAUACUAAUAUUCACAUUCACAUUUACAGUCAGGACAUCCGAACUUUUUAGAAGCGCCAUACCCAAAGGAUCAUCCCGCUGCAGAAGUCUUGUCCCGUUUGCGGCCUCGUUGUUCCCCGAAACCCGCGCCCCAGUGGAUUUUUUUCGAGAGACGACCUGAUCCAGAAGCGGUCCUCGUCUACUGCCGUGAUGGCUUCCGCAAUAUCUUCUACGUCUACAAGCCCACCAGCCUCCUUGCACGAAUGCACCCUGCUGGAGCUGCUGGGCUGUUGCGCGCACCGAGAUUUAGGGCGCGUCCGAGAAUGCUGGCUUACAUUGUUUUCGGCGGGAGCGGAACCGUUUGUGCCGUCGCCCUUGCUGUUGUCUGCGCUCACCACCUCGGCAGAAGCUUUGACCGAGGUCAUCAGCACCGGUUUUCCCGCUUUGGAGAAUUCCGCCCAGGCCAGUGCGGCAGACCUGGAACUUAUGCAGCUAUGGCUCGCCGAGAUCUAUCGCCUCGUUGUGCGUGCGGCGUGUGACUCCAUCACGACUGGGAGUUCUACGACUCCCACACUAGCAUCCGCGCAGCAAAAUAAAUUCGACCACUCGUUCGUGGACUUCGAGUUCAUUCCGCACCUCACCGCCGCCCUGCACGCCUUGCGGACGGAAAUUUUUGCGACUAAGACGACCGUUGUCGCUGGCGAAUCCGUCGACGACGAGCGGUUUCUGCUUCUUUUUUGCGCAACCGCGUGUCGUCGCCACCGAGUCGCGAGAGCGGCCCAGGGCCUGAAUCCCGGCCGCUUUUUUUACGGCCACGCCAACCGCGCCUGGACGCAAUCUCAUGGCGUGGCGACCACGUUGUCGGGAAAGAAUUCACUUUCUGGGCCCACAGGCGGGAAAAGAACCACACCUCUAAACAAGCACACCGGUACAAGCGGACUGAUUUACGUGCCCACAAUCCACCGACCGGGCGGAAUCCUUGCGGCACCCAUGAACCUGCACGAGCAGUUGGAGUUUCACGUUCGCGACAUCCUGGCCUGUGUGAUGUACCAAACCUCGAGUCUCUGGUGGUCCACAUACUUUUUGACGCAUGUGCAGAACGCGAUGGCGAUCAGUCCGCUGGACUUCCUGUUCUUCGUUCUAGACAGCCCACCGAAAAAGAUGACUCCUUCUCACCAUCCCUCAACCAGCGUCGCUGGAGUUGCUGCGUCGAGAAGCGAUUCUUCGGCAACAAGCGCGCAGAAAGUAAACACCAUCUUCACGAAGAAGAUCCUCCAGCGAGUGAUGCAGCUAGUAAUGCUGUUUGAGCAGACGAUGACGGGAGGCACUACUCCGUACGAGAUCGAUCGAGAUUUGUACGAAAUCACCCUGAACCAUGCAAGCCGAAACUGUUUCCAGUUUCCGAUUUCUCGUCCCGUCUGCCUCCCGAUCGCCGCAUAUCUUGCCUCGAGACUGCUGGAUCGGCAGAACAUGCUGACGUUAAUGCCGGCCGGCCUCGGGGCCGAAGGACCAACGGAAGAUGAGGCCAGGAUGCAGCGUUUACACGGACAAUCACAACAGCAUGCCUGGAACAAAAGCGACGAGGCGGGGCGCGACUACAUUUACAACAGCCUGUUGACGCUUGGCGAGACGGCCUGCGCCACUCUGUUUAACGAGACGGACGAAUCGCAAAACUCCGCCGAAGCAACCGUGCUGUACCGCGGGUUGGUGUUUGGGCUCCUUGGCGGCCCCGCAACGCUGCAGAUUCUCGGACGACACCCGUGGCAAAUGCUGGUCGAGGCGGGGUUUUGCGUCUGGGGCGUUUUGUGGCCAGACUACGCCGAGUCGAUGCGGCAGGUGGGGUUCGCCCGACAGGCGAAACAGGAGGAAAGCUUUCAGUUCUUCCACCCGGAGCUCGCGGAGACUUUCGCGCACCUGCUGGUGCAGUGCGGCCCGAACGUGGAGGCUUUGGGGCUCUCGCUGCGGGACUACGCAGAGCGGUCGCCGCAGGCAGAGGAUCCGUGGCAACGCAAGAGCGGAUUUCUGUUGGUCACCACGGUGGCGCGGACGGCGUUGAGCCUGGUGCAGAGGCAGACGCACACAGACUUCGGGGGCGUACACCUACGCGCGUUGCUAGCAGACUGUCUUUGCUUUGUCCACCAGGUCGCCGGGGAAAGCGCGCUGUUGCAGGACUACGUGGUGCUUUUGAGCAACGUUUUUCACCAUCCGAUUAUCACGGAAAAAUCCUUCGAACUCCGUGCCAUCGCCGAAAAAAUGUUGCUCGACCUUUUCGCCUCUAUCGCCGCACCGAACGAGAAUUUCGGUCUGGCCCCUAAGCGGCGCAGCUUUGCGCUCCGUCGGUUGGACUGUUUUCUCCAGAUCCUCACGAUGAACACCAACCCAGAUGUGAUAGUCGUCGACUCUUUACCGUUGUCGCACAAAAAUAAAUUCGUGAUGUUCACGGAGGCGAUGGGGCACGUUUUCCUUCAAAUAAUUCAGAACUCGAAACCGGAAACCGACAUGCAGCCCGUUGCGUUUCGCGUGCACUGUCUCGUCGGGGCCGCCUGCCGUCAGAACAACCUGAUGUUGCCCGCCCAGGAGUUGCCACUGCCGCACGCGUUUGCAGAGGCUUACAUCGAAACGAGCAUUCGCUGCCUGCAUUCUUUCUGGGAGGAUGUGUUUGAGGCAAACGUGGUUUUCCUCGUGCAGAACCAUUCCAAACUCUACCUGGACCUCGCGGUUCUCACCGCCCGGCAGCUGGGCCACGCCAAGUUUCUGACAAAAAUUGUGCGGCACUGGCCGCCGAUGGACGGACACCUGUGGGAGAUACUAUCGAGGCACGGCUUCGCUGAUCCAAAGAACAGGACGAGAAAAAAUGGUUUUGAGGGUGAACACACAAAAAAUACUCUGCCUGGGGGCGGGAUUUUUUACGGAGUCGGAGAAGCAGUGCGAUUGCAGCACGUCCCCUACGUCAUGCAGAACUACUCGGAGGCAACGAAGUUUCAACUCUUUCGGGAUCAUUUGGAUCAUGGGAAUUAAGGGAAAUGAGGUACGGCCCAGCAAAUAAAUGUAUGACACUGUGAUCCUAUUCCUAAACAGAAAAUGAAAAUCGACAGAAAUGCGAAUAAAUGCAUGAAGGAGCUAGUUUUCAUCAUUUUGUUUCAUUCUCAUUCUAAAAGGGAACCUCAACCUGCUUUAUUUGGUCGAUUUCAACUCGGGUGUGGUCUGGUGUUUGAAGAAAACACAAACAC